UGAAAUAAUUUUGAUUCUUUAAUAAUAUACCAUGAGUUAUAAUAAUUCGGUUUUAAUUGGAAAUUGGAGCGAAGAAAGACUUAAAAAUGAGGCGGAGUUCAAACUUUUCUUGCGAAAACGUGACAGGCGCGAAUUGGUGCUGCAAAGAUCGCGAACACUGUUCAGUAAUUUACUGAAAGAAAGGCCCCUUGCAAUAAGUGGUACAUUUGUGCUGUUCGGUUUUAAUGUACAAUUAGUGGCUUCUGAUAUGCCAGCUAAGUUUAAAAGCGAAACUGAUAAGACACAAUAUGGGUUGGCACUAUCGAGUCUUGUAAGCGAGAGGCAAGUGGACUACAUGCAGAAUAUCAACGAUGGAUGCCUCAUGACACUUUCACCAAUUACAACUCCUUGUUGCCGAAACACUUUCGUUAUACUCAGUACUGAAAAUGAAUCUAUUCAUGGAGAAAAAAUGAACUUUGGUGACGAAUUCUUGCUCAGAGCUGAAAAUUAUGGAGAUCCGGAUGCACCUCCACUUUACGUCCGUUUCAUGCCUGAGGCCACCCCCGGUCCACCAGAUCAUAUGCCGAUCCGGUUGAGUGCUACAAAAGACAGCAACUGUCGUUGGACCACUAUGCCUCUAUUACCAACUGAUCGACUUGAGGGUCUUGGAAGUCCUGUGAAGACUGGUGCCAAGGUCAUUGUGAAAAACUGCGUUACUGAUAAAUGUUUGUGUGUUAUGAAUCAGAAUUGGAUGCAAACAUUUUUUGGUCCGGAAUGUGGGGUCACUUGCCGCAACUAUAUAGAUAUUCAUAAGAGGUACACUGCUGAGAAUAUUUUCACUUUGGUGAGUGACGUCGAAACGAAGACCAAGCAAUAAGUGUUUUAUAACAAUUUUUACUUUUUGACGAUUUUGAUAUUAUAAUUGUUUAAAAUUAUUAAUAAAUGUUAUUUAGGCCGGAUCCACACUAUAAUACCGGUCUCAGUUAAUUCUCGGACUGAUCACGGUAUAGCCAGUAAAAACAGUUUGAAAUUCAUUGUGACUGGAAUGGAAUGGAAUAGAACGGGACUGGACUGUAGUAUACACAGGUUUUUUCUUACGUAAUAAUAUUUUACCAGAUCAAGAUAGGAACAAGAACGAUCAGAGACCGGCAUUAUAGUGCGGGUUCGACCUUCUUUUAAUUUUAAUUUUAUUUUUAUAUUUUUUGGUAUCUGUAAUUUCUGGCUAUUUAUGUGAUUGUAUAGCACAUAUAUUAUUAUUUGAUUACAUAAAAGGCUUCUUUAAAUUUUGCUCUA